GGGUGCCGGGGGUGCCGGGGGAGCCGGGGGAGCCGGGGGAGCCGGGGGAGCCGCGGGCCGGGCCAGGCCAGGCCGCGCCGGGCCGUUGUGGCGGCCGCCGCCGCCGCCGCCGCCAUGGAGCGGUUCGUGGAGGGGCGCCGCGCCGCCCUGCAGGAGCACAUCCAGCGUCAGCAGGAGGUCCACGUGGUGAUGGGCAACGAGGCCUGCGAUCUGGACUCCACCGUGUCUGCUCUGGCCCUGGCGUAUUUCUUGGCGAAGACCUCCCCGACGUCCAAAGCUGCUUUUAUCCCAGUGCUCAACAUCCCGCGCUCGGACUUCGCCCUCCGCACGGAGACGGUGGCCCUGCUGCGGCAGCAGCGCAUCCCGGACGCCUCCCUCAUCUUCCGCGACGAGAUCGACCUGGCCGGGCUGCACCAGGCCGGACUGCUCUCCCUGACGUUGGUCGACCACCACAUCCUGCCCAGGGCUGAUGCGUCCCUGGAGGAGGCCGUGGUGGAGGUCCUCGACCACCGGCCGCUGGAGCGGGACUGGGCUCCGCGCUGCCGGCUCACGGCGGAGCUGGUGGGCUCCUGCGCCACGUUGGUGACGGAGCGCAUCGCCCAGGGCCCGCCGGGGCUGCUGGAUGGACUGACGGCCGCGCUGCUGCACGCCACCAUCCUGCUGGACUCCGUGAACCUGAAACCCGCAGGCGGCAAGGUGACACCCAGGGACACGGCGUGCGUCACCCUGCUCGAGUCCAGGUUCCCCGAGCUGCCAGCCCGCGACGUCAUCUUUGAAGCUUUGCAAGCGGCAAAGUACGAUGUCUCAGACCUCACAACAGAGCAGAUGCUGCGGAAGGACCUCAAAGCCCUCUCUAGCGAUGAGCUGGCCCUCGGCAUCAGCGGGAUCUACGUGAAAUUGGAGGUCUUCCUGCACCGGCCUGGCUUGCUGCAGGACCUGGAGGCUUUCUGCCAGGCGCGCGGCUUCGCGGGGCUCGUGACCAUGACGGUCUCUUUUAACGAGCGGGGCGAGCCCUUCCGGCAGCUCGCGGUGUACAGCCAGCGCGAGGCCGUCCGCAGCGCGAUGUGCCGGGCGCUGGAGGAGGCCACGACGCCGUCCUUGCACCUCCACGCCCUGCCCAGCCCCUGGCCCUGCAUCAGCGCCUACACCCAGGGCAACACGCUGGCCUCGCGCAAGAAGGUGCUGCCCAUCCUCCGGACCGUCCUCGGGGCACCGCUGGGGCCGGCGGCCUCCGACGAGGACGUGGCCCUGCCGCCCACCCCCGUGAACAGCCUGGUGGACGAGUGUCCCCUGGCCCAGGCCGUGCCCCCGCUCUGCCCCCACGCUGUCUUCGAGCGGGUCAGCCGCAUCGCCGCGGGGCAGCCCCCCGCCUCCCCGGCCCCCGACAGCCCCCCGAAAUGACCGGGGCGGCACCCCCGAACCCUGGUUUUUGCUGCGCGAGGCGGCUUUGGGGCACUUGCGAGGGCGUUGGGUACGCGGGCAACCCCAGCGGGGCGAACGGGUGCCCCCAGCACCCGGCUCUAAUCCCCCUCCUUAAUUAACCCCCUUCCUUCGAGCUGGGGCUUCCAGGCCGGAGCUGUUUAUUCGGAUGGUGCCGGCUGGGUUCAUGCACGCGGCGAGUUUGUCAGGCAGACGGUUCUGGGAUAACGAAGGCGUUUGGGGGGUUUUAACCGUUCCUUGCCCUUCUUGCCCGCUCGGGGGGUGGUGGGGAGCACGGGUGGCCGGUCCGUCACCCGCCUUGGAUGGCGGCGUUUGCACAUGCGGCCCGAGAGGGGCAGUUGGGGACUGUUUUCGGAGUAGUUUGAGGAUUAAAUUUCCCUCUUUUCCUCCA